GCGGCUUUUGCUGGGUAAUCUGGAUUCCCCAACCGGUGCCCAGCCGUGUCUGUGAUAUUUUCGCUGCUCUCAGAUGCCUGCUAACGCCAGCCCGCCCCUGCUGUGGCGCCAGCCCGUUUCGAGUGGUUUUGGCAUCUGGCGGUUGCUCAUCGUGGAGUCGGCUAAGCGGCGCCUCGGGCGCUGCCGAGCAGCCGCGCCAGCCACAACUCACAUCGAGAGGGCUGGCGGCCAGCCGCGCGCGGAUCGCACGCAUCGAAGAGGGAUGCGCGUCGCGAGGCCGCGGCGGCCGGCACGUGGCUCGCUCCCCCCACGCCAGACAACGCGCGAGAGGACUCGAGGCCAGCCACGCAGCCCGCCCACGCCGCCGCCGCACGCAGGUCCAUCAUCUCCAACGCGACGCACAAGGCCCACGACGUACAGCGUCGCCCGGCCGCGGAACGAUGGUCAACUCCGACCUCAUCAGCCGCAUCGAGUACUCCGAGAAAUAUAAUGAUGAGAACUACGAGUACCGCCACGUGAUCAUGCCCAAGGAGCUCGCCAAGACGCUGCCGCGGUCGACGCUCAUGAGCGAGCAGGAGUGGCGCAACGCCGGCAUCCAGAUGUCGAGGGGCUGGCAGCACUUCAUGAUCCACCGGCCCGAGCGCCACAUCUUUUUGUUCAGACGGCCGCUGGGCACGGACCCGCUCUCGGGCAAGGUCGACCCGGAGCUCGAGCGGUCGGCGAAGGACCAGUACAUGAACUACCUCCAGGACAACACGAACCUCGAGAACGAGAUGAAGUAGACUCGCUUUCGUCCUGACCCCCAACUAGAUCGUUAGUAAAGAAAAAUUUGCCCCGUUA